ACACACCUCACAUCAUCUCAUUUGUGACACAGGUGCUCACUGGAUCUGUCUCUGUCUCUACAUCGCAGGAUACAAACAGGUGUUGGAGUUAAGAUGUGUGGCUCACUGCACCAGCGUCUCCAGGACUACCUGUCUGAGCGCAGAAGUCGCAGAACCAGAUUAGUAACUAAAGACGGACGCUGCAACAUCGAAUAUGGGAACAUCAAAUACAGCAAACAUUUGUCCUUCCUGGCGGAUUUUUGGACAACCGUAGUCGAGAUCAGGUGGCGUUUUGUUCUGUUUUUCUUCGUUGCUUCGUUCACCAUGAGCUGGUUCAUCUUUGGUCUAAUCUGGUACUGGAUUGCUCGUAAUAAUGGAGACUUGACCUGGCAGAAUCCCCCUGAAGACCACAUCCCUUGUGUACACAAUGUAGUCGGACUGACCACGGCCUUUCUGUACUCCCUGGAAACACAGACCACUAUCGGCUAUGGCGGCAGAGCCCUCACCCCCUUGUGCCCCGGGGCUGUGGCUGUUAUCAUCAUUCAGUCCCUGGCUGGAGCCUUCAUUAGUAGUUUCAUGUGUGGAGUCAUUCUGGCCAAGAUCUCAUUACCCAAAAAGAGAGCCAAGACCAUCAGCUUCAGUGACAUGGCUGUGAUCUGCCCUAAGAAUGGUGCUCUGUGCCUGUCUAUCCGGGUGGCCAACCUUCGAAAGUCCCUAAUGAUCGGGAGCCAGAUCUAUGGCAAACUGCUGCGCACCAGAAACACUCCGGACGGAGAGACGAUCAUCAUGGACCAGGUCAACAUUGAUUUCGUGAUGGAUGCAGGCAAAGACAACCUAUUCUUUGUGUGUCCUCUCACUCUGUACCACACCAUAGACAAGAGCAGCCCUUUCUUUGACAUGGCCGUGGACACGCUCCACAAACAAGAGUUUGAGCUGGUGGUCUUCCUGGACGGGACCGCAGAGUCCACCAGCUCGUCCUGUCAAGUGCGCACCUCCUUCAUCCCUCAGGAAAUCAUGUGGGGAUACAACUUCCUUCCCAUCAUCUCCAGGAGCAAAGAUGGCAAGUACAGAGUGGAUUUCUCCAACUUCUCCAAAGUGGUGCCUGUGGCCACGGCACACUGCGCCUACUGCUUCCACAACCUCAAGGGACAUCAUCACUUCUCCAAAACUGGACAGGACAACCCGAGCUUUGAGAUGAUAGACAUUGCUGACCCCCAGAGUGUCACCACAAUGUGAGAAAAGCCAAACAAAAAACAGAACUCUUUUAACUCUUUUCUUUGAAAAGAGUAAUGUGAAAGCGUUAGGCCACAGGAGCAGAGGUCAGAACACAUAUUACAAAGCAUGUAAAUGCUCAGAUGGAUGUUCUUUUGUGUUGAGCACAGUUAAAAGACUGUGGGCUACUCAGUCUUUGUGUACUGCUGCAUUUGUAAAACCACACCUGUUACUGUUGGCUGACCAAGAACCAGUUUUAAAGGGACCAUGGAAGCCGAAGGUUAAGGAAAUUUUGAAUAAGUGAAGAGAGCUGGAACAGAAUAGGAAAUAUACCAUAGAUGAACAUGA